CCGGGCUCCCUGUGACGGCAUGGGAAAAAAAGAAAUUCUAGUACCAGUCUCCUCUCGGAACAUUUAGGGAAUCAGGUCAUUAAAUAUUCAAAAUGGUUCGUUUGUGAUGACGGCUAAAAUAGGACUUUUAGUUAGCAGCUGACCAUAUGCUGAAUAAGUAGAUUACUGUCCUUUCUCCAAUGAACUUGUCAUUCGCUGGCUGUGGAUUUUUAGGUGUUUACCAUCUGGGUGUGGCUAAGUGCCUUGUUGAGCAUGCGCCUAACUUCUUGCGCAGCAUCAAGGCCUUUGCUGGAGCAUCAGCAGGAUCUCUUGCUGCCGCAAUGCUUGCCACAUCAGCACCAAUCGACAAGUGUUCUGAGUAUGUUGUUGAUUUAACAAAUGAAGCUCGUAAGAACCCGCUUGGCCCAUUCAGCCCACAGUUUGAUCUUGUUGGUAACUUGCGCAAGGGAAUGGAAGAAUAUCUGCCAUCCAACUGUCACAAGCUUGCUUCAGGGAGAUUAUUCAUUUCAGUAACAAGUUUAAAGACCAGAAAAAAUUUGAUGAUAUCAGAGUACGAAUCAAAAGAUGAACUUAUGAAGGUUUUACUUGCUAGUUGCUACAUUCCAUUCUAUGUUGGCCUGGAUUUUCCAGAAUUCAAAGGACAGAAAUGGGCUGACGGAGGCCUAACAAAUAACCUACCUGUCCUGCCGUUUGGAGAGACAAUACUUAUCUCGCCCUUCAGUGGCAAAGAUAUGCAUAUAUCGCCAGAGGAUGAGUCACAGGGUAUUACUGACAUUACCUUCCACAAUAUGAAUAUUUUUGUGAACAGAGAGAAUUUACAAAGAGAGCUUAGAAUUUUUAUCCCUCCAAAGAAAGAAGGAAUUGAGGAAAUUGUGCAGAAAGGAUAUGAGGAUGCACUCAAAUUUCUUCAUAAAAAGAAUCUCUGUGAUCAUUCCUUGUUGGUGGUUUGAUAAUUUAGUAGAAAUUUAGAGUUAAAAUAGCUUCAUGUACUACAACUACCAGAAUGCCUUGCACACUUUUUGAUUUAUUCACACCAUUUGUUAUUGUCUUGAAGGAUUGUGAAAUAAAUUUGCAAAGCAUUCUGGGAGAUGUAGUCAUAAAAUACUGCCAAAAUGUUAGAUAAUGAUUAAUAAUAAUUAUAAUAAUUAACAUAUAUAUAGCACCAUUUCCAGAAGCUCAAUGGCGCUUAACAAAUUAUUAAUUCAUUAAUAAUUCAAAAUUAAUUCAAUUAUUAAUGAUGUUUAUACUCUCUAAUGAAAAAAUAUUAUUAUCACACAAACGGUAAAGAUUUGUACAUGUAUGACAUGGUUCACUAAAUCAUAUCCAAGGCUUCUGUCAAUUUUUUGAGCCAGGCAGCAUUCCCAGGCAGCUGAACUAUUCUUAUAUAUGACGAGCCGAUAUUUUAUAUAAUUUGUGUAGGAUUUUAUCAUAAAAAUAAAUAUAGUUAUAAAUAUCUUGCACAUACUAAUUCAUGAUCUUAGACCACAACAAAGAACUCUUGGUCUUCUCUCGAGGAUUGAAAUCUUUCUUCAUGUUAGUAUUUCUUAUUCUAGAUUUUUUGACCUAGCCCCAGGCUAGGAUAAUUUAUUAGUGUGAGGGUAUAGUUUGUCUGUAAUCCAAAUUUACAAUGAAUUUUAAUAAUCCACUAGUCAAUUACUAACAAUAAUUAUUAUCCAAUAGUGUUAUUAUUAUGAGUAACUACUAAAAUAUAUGCUUUGGUAAUUGUAUAAAUGAAAUAAAAUUAGGCUUUCUUAAA